UAUGCAUGCUUCAUCUUAUGUGCAAACCUAGCCUUUAAUUCCCCCUGUUAGCUUGUUGGGGAUCCUAGGAAGGAAGAGAUAGGAUGGCAUCCUUCUUGUCGCCUCCAACACCAUUGAUGAUGACACGAGGUGUGUCGCAUAAUGGAGGUGCUGCCACGGGCAUUGGUGGUUCUUACGGAUCGGUGAUCGUGGCUCUAGCGAUUAUCGCAACCCUCACGGUUGCUUCGGUCGCUGUUGGCCAGCUCUGUGUCAGGCGUUAUGCAUCCAUCAAACCUGGCUACGGUAUGGGAGCCUUUGUGAAGAGAAAGAUCUAUGCACGCAGAGGUGGCGGGGGAGCUACCUAUGAUGUUGCCCUCCCUGAGAAGAAGGGGGGAGGAGAUGUAGAGACUGCUAUCGUCAUGGAGGAGGUGGAAGGAUCUGAGCCACCACAGGUCGAGGAGGACGACGAAGGUGGUGCUUCUCGAGCUAGCUCCUAGUAUGGGAACCGAUCUCUAUGCGUACUAUUGCUGGAUUUCUAAAAGACUCAUGUUGUGCUCUUUGGUUUAUGAUAUGAUAUGAUAUCUUGAAGGGUUCAUAAUGAAUUGAAAAAUAAUAAAUAAUAUCUUUAUCAGGUGU